GACGAGAAUGAGAACUCGAGAUAUAAGCGGCCAAAACAUACCCAGCAUUAUCUCCAGCAUGUUCACCGGGCCUACGAGCCCGUCGACGACCCGCUCGGCCCCUUACCCUCUCACCCUCACCCGCACCCGCAUCCGCACCAGUACCAGCAACAGCACCAGCAACAGUAUCCCCAACUCCAGCAUGCCCACCUCCAUACACAGUCCCCGGAACCCGCGGCCUGCGAACUGGAACGGACAGCCUCCGGCCUCUCUAUCCGGCCCGACCCCACCGAGCGGUGUGCCUCGACCGAACUACUCGAGGACGACGAAGCCGCCCAGCGGGUCCGGGACCACAUGGCCAUGUUUCGCCGCCGCUUUCCCGACUCCAAGCACGAGCGAAUCCUCCGGAGCAUCAUUAGCCCGAGGGCCAACGCCGAGUACCCGCUCGACAACGACUCGCUCGAGAGCAUCUUCUCGGCCGCCAACGAGAUGUUCUUUAACGGCCGCCUGAGCCAGCGCGUCAUGUGGGACUGGUCCCACGAGUCCAGCGCCCAGUACGACAGCAAGGUCAUCGGGACCACGGCCCUACGGCGCGCCAGCACCACCACCCGCGGCUUUGAGACCCUCAUCGUGCUGUCGUCGCCCAUCCUCCAGGACCAGAAGUACAGCCGCCGCCUGCUCAUCUCCACCUUUUUGCACGAGCUCGUCCACAGCUACAUGUUUAUCUGCUGCGGCUUUCGCGCCCGCUGCUACGGCGGCCACACCCCCGGCUUCAAAGAGAUCGCCAGCCUCAUCGACGACUGGGCCGGCCCCGACAGCGCCCUCCACCUGGGCGAGAUCGAGGCAGACCUAGAGCGGUUCCGCAUC